UUUUACGUCCCUCCUUCUCCUCCUCUCUCCGCUGAGUUUCAUGUGUCUAGUCAUCAGAUCUGCACCCACACAGAACAGAUUCAUCACAAAUUGGAAUACAUCAUCACAUCGCAGCUCUUUAAGGCCUCAAUCCAACUCUUAUUGAGUUCCUUUUUUCCUCCCAUCUUUAUUAUUUCUGUCUAGUUUGCUGUCAACCCUCAUCGUGUUUGUGGACAUCCGUUAAUUCCCAGUCUCCGCUCUUCGGAAAUGACCCCCUGUCACUUGAUUUUCUUGCACAUCAGGCUCGUUUUAAGUCACAGAAUGCUGUAAUCCACUUCCAUCUCCUGUUCCCUUUUUUUAAAGCUUUCUAUAAAUACUCUUCUCUGCGUUUUUCUCAUUCUGUUGUUACUAUUAUUAUUAUUUUUGCUUUAGUUGUUUCUACUUUUUUCCCUUUUUCUCUGGACGUUUUCUUUUGGUUGUUGUAAAGUGUUGUGGCUGCCAUGUGGUCCAACUUUUUUUUGCAACAGGACGAUGAUGGAAGAGGUGGCAUGGGUGCGUUGGGUGGAGCUGGCAGUAAAAGUGGGCGCACAGGUAAACGGGCAAGGCCUCCUCGAAUGAGUGACAGUGAGGAGGGCAAGAUCAAGCUGGCUUUUUUUUUGGUCCUUAUUGGAGUGACGCUGACGGUACUUGGCAUGGGCACGGAGUUCUGGGUGGAGCUUUCACAGCCAAAACACUUCAGGAACAACCAGACAUGUGAGAUGGCGCAUUAUGGUCUGUGGAAAUCUUGCGUUCGCACACUGUGGGUGACAGAUAUUGACCCGGAGAGGGAGAGUUGUGGACCUGCAGAGCUGCCUGGAGAAUCCAACUGCACGUACUUCAAAUUCUACACUUCUGGCGAGAAUGCUGUCAUAUUUAAGAAAACCACACAAAAAAGUUUGCAUAUAGCAGGUGCGAUGCUGGCUCUGCUCAGUUUGUUCAUGAUGGUCAUGGGCUCGGUGUGUAUCACUAUGUCUAUCAGUAAGAGCGUGCCCUUCUUCCUCAAGCCGGCUACCAUCUGCUUCGUCUGCUCAGGUAUCCUGGUCCUGUUGUCAAUCAUAGUGUUCCACCAGUCUAUCCUGGCGCUAUUGGCAAGCGAUCACAGUAUCCCUCUCCAUCACGAGUUGUCCUGGUCGGUGGCGUGUGUUGGCUCGUCUGGGGCCAUUCUCAUUAUUGGAGGGCUUAUUUUCCUGUUGCUUUCCCUCCCCUACAACCCUCUGGAGAAAUGUUUUCGUCAGCAGAGCAGUAGCGAUGCCUAGCUGUCAGUGAGCUAAGUAGCACACAAUCUUUUAUACUAUUAUACAGAGAUUAUCUGAUGUUAUUAAGGACUCUCAAAAGCUAAUGAUCCGCCGUAUCCUGCAUUAGAAUUGCUCAUUAGUAACAUUAUAGACCUUAAUGCACAUGCUUACACCGACUCUGAAAUUUGAGCUGAUCUUUCUACGGUGGCUCUGUACAUAAAAUCAGUGACCAACUCGAUCUGUUUACUGUCUUUAAAGGCUUAAUUUACACAA